UCCAGGUGGGUACGUUUCCUUGCGAAAGGUGUUGGGAUCGUUGGCGGUUUUGUUGCAAUAUUCUUUGGAGCGCUUGGUCUGCUGUCUCUAUCGGCUACGUGUGUUAUAGCUGUAUUACUGCAAAUGGUAUUCGGAUUUUUGACGAUUGCAUUAGAAGCUCCAUUCUGUUGUAUGUUCGUAGAUUUCAUUGAAAAGAUCGCACAGUUCAGUGAGUCACGAAAGCACUGGCACAAAGCAGCCCUCUAUGGAACUAUGGGUAUCAUCCCCAUCAUUAUGUGCUUCGAACUCAACACGUUUCUUGGCUCGGGCAUGAUUUUCGCUUGUGGAACCAUCUACGGCUUCAUGGCUUUGGGGAAGAAGGCGGAUAGAGGAACGAUGAUGGCU